GUGGAUAGGAAGUCAAUGUAAGGUGACACUUUAGUGAAGCAGAGAAAUAACUUCCUUUUCUUACGAUCCCCGUAGCAGCUCAGAAGUUGUACUUCAGAACUACGUAUGAAAAAAAACUGGUUACACAUUUCACAGCCGCCAACUAAAUGGUUACUCAACAAGGGUUGAGCGUCAAAAGCGGGGGAAAAUAUAAACGCGUGGCUUUGUUGAAUGGAUUCAAAGAGUCUGCUGGGAGAUAGUGCCGACGCAACCUACAGAGAUUACGGAUGCCGCUCGGAAGAAGAACGCAUAGUCGGGGAUACUACCGGGCGGCGGAUUUUCCCGGCGACAUGUGAUUCGGCCAGUGUCUGUCAACAAGCAGAUGAGGACCUCUACAUUCAACAAGCUGUUGUCCUCAUUGAAGAUGCUAUUCAGUAUCGCUCCAUUAACCACCGGGUGGAUGCAAGCUCACUUCAUCUGUAUCGCUGGUACUACGCGAGGAUAUGCCAGUGGGGCUUAGGCUUGACCAUUGCAGUGGUGCUGUUGCUGGCUUUUGUGGAGCGCCCGUCUUCCCUUACUGUUACUUCAGACUCUCGAUAUCGCUCUCCACCCUGGGAGCCUCCUUGCGGACUGACCGAGAGCAUUGAGAUCAUGUGUCUUAUCAUCUUUACUCUUGAUCUUGCUGUUAAGAGCUACUUGAUUGGCUGGGAUGAAUUCCGAAAGAAUAAAUGGCUAGUUAGCUAUACCAUUGUCAUUGCGGUCUCCAUCAUUGAUUGGGUCUUGUCCAUCAGCAUGAUCUGUGAUGAGAAACUGAGAGUUCGACGACUUAUUCGACCAUUCUUCCUUUUGCAAAACUCAUCCCUGAUGAAAAAGACUUUGAAGUGCAUCAAGAGAACUCUGCCAGAGAUUGCCAGUGUCAUUUUGCUGCUUGCACUUCACCUCUGUCUGUUUACGAUGAUUGGCAUGUUGUUGUUCCCUAAAACUGAGGAUCCAAUUAAAAAUGAAGAGUGGAAAGUAUAUUUUCGAAACCUGCCUACUUCACUGACUUCCCUGCUGGUGCUGCUCACAACAGCAAACAAUCCAGAUGUGAUGAUUCCUGCUUACUCCCAAAACAGAGGAUAUGCCAUUUUCUUUGUAGCCUUCAGUGUAAUUGGAACUUACUUCCUGAUGAACUUAAUGACAGCCAUUAUCUACAACCAGUUCAGGGGAUAUUUGCUGAUGGCAGUCCAAACAUCCAUAAUCAGAAGGCGUCUGGGAAUCCGAGCUGCCUUUCAAGUCCUUAGCUGUCAUAAUGCUGAAAAUGCUACUGGGGAGAGUGUGCCAGUUGAUGCUGUGCUGCAAGUGAUGUCCAGAAUCCAGAUGCAAAGCUACUACAGAGAAGCCAUACUUUUGGCGAUACGUCAGUAUGAAACGGAAGGCUUUAUGAAUAGAGAGCAGUUCGGACAAAUAUUUGAUGAACUUGAUAAAGACCGCAUAAAAGAGCACCCUUCCUUACCACAGUAUAACUCUGUCGGAUUGCAGAAGCUGCAGGUCAUCUUCAGUCACUACUUUUUUACGAUAUUUGGCAAUGCAGUGGCAUUGGCCCAUGUGGUGUGCAUAUGUACCGUGUUGGUACUGAAUUCAGAAAAGUCUGUUGCAGAGAGAGAUAACCAUAACAUGGAGAUAAUCAACAUGUGUUUCAUCAUCUACUACCUGUUUGAAAUGUGUGUGAAGAUAUUUGCCUUGAGCUGGAGAGGGUACCUUUCCUACAGAAACAACAUAUUUGAUGGAUUCCUGACCAUCGUACUGCUGGUCCUGCAGAUAACUAUUUAUGUUACCUACCGACUUCCUUAUUCAAAUGUGAAGCAGUCCUCUCAGGGAACAUUCUCUCUAUGGGAAAUGGUUCGUUUUGUUAACAUGCUGAUUGUCUUCCGCUUCCUGCGCAUCAUUCCGGAUAUUAAGCUCAUGGCUUUGGUUGCAAGUACCUUGUUGGACCUGGUGAAAAACCUAAGAGCCUUUGCAGGGAUACUGGUGGUUGUGUACUACAUGUUUGCUGUGUUUGGCAUCUGGCUAUUCGAGGGAGCCAUUAAACCACUGCCGCAUAUGAGUGUGCCCUACAAUACAACUAUGAAAAAUAUCACUUCUAAUUUGAGCAUUGAAUGUGGCACGUAUGAACAGCUGGGUUAUUGGCCAAACAAUUUUGACGACUUUGCUGCGGCCAUCAUUUUGCUGUAUAAUAUCAUGAUAAUCAACAACUGGCAGGCCUUCAUGGAAGCGUAUACCAGAUACACCACUGAGUGGUCCAAAAUUUACUUUGUGUGUUGGUGGUUCACGUCGUCUGUCAUGUGGGUAAACUUGUUUGUGGCACUCAUCCUCGAGAACUUCACGUAUAAGUGGGAUCGCAGUCAUAGCUGUUCUGUUACAGAUGUGGAGAGGAUCAGAUAUGAAACAUCUGUUCAACUCAUAUUCAAAGAGCAGGUCAAAGAGCCCACAGAAGAAGAAUUGCUUUGCCAGCUCCAACAGCACCCCCAUCUACAUUUACAUUGGGGAAACACAUGACACAAACUAGCUGUAGUGAUGGUUCACGCAAAUCUCUGCUGUUACUGUUGGCCGUGUAGCAAUUCAUCGACAUUCAUAUUAUAAUAUGCCAAUACCAUAAACAUUUUCAUUCAGUGCUCCCGAUCCAUAACGGUUUGUGGGUUGUGUGGAUGUCUGACUACAAAAAAAAAAGACUGAAUGGAUAAAUCAAGACAUAUGUUUACCCCGUUGCAAUAUAUAUACAUAUAUCUAUGUAUAUUUAAAUUCAUUUAUUGUAUGGUGUUAUGGUGUUAUACUUGUAUGGGAUUGAUGAUUAAUGUGCAGGAGCACACUCCCACAGACACACACACUUUUCACUUUUCACACAUUCAUAGUCAACAACACAACAAUUAUACUUAAAAUUAAAAAGUGUAGAGCAUCGUUUCUGCUGAAAACUACAUUACUUUUCUACGUCCAAUACUUAGUACUAAGAAAAUGUGCAUUUUGCUUUGUGAGAGCUGUAUUACGAUAUUAUUAUUGGUAGAUUAUUAUUACGAUUAAUAAUAUUAGGAGAUAAAGGUUGACCUUACUGGAGUUUUUUACUGUUAUUUUGCACACAUUAAAAUUUUUUGAACAAAAAUCAGUUUCUCAU